AUGGCGAAGUUCAACGUAGUGCAGAAGAGAAGAAGAGCACAAAUAGCAGAGACCAAGAGGGCAAUACACGGAGACGCAUUAACUAAAAAGCUUAAGAACAGAACCCAGCCCGUCUCUAUCUCUGGGAAGCGCAAGCGCAAGCUCUUGAAAAAAUGGCGCAGAGAGCAGAAGGAGGCUGUAGACACGGGUUUGGUCACUAUGCAAGACGUCGAGAUGGCUUUUGCUCCAGGAGAGGGCACGUCCAAAGAUGCCAAAAGAACUCCAGUAAAAUUUCACAUGAAGAAGGGCACGAAGCUUAAGCAAUUGAAGCGCAAAGGUAGGAAAAAAACAAAGGCUAAGCCAGCUCCUGAAGAUUCAGUGAGUGCCAUGGUAGAAUGA